CAAUAUGGCAAAAAAUAAGUGCUAAAGUAUUGUAUAAAUACAAGCGCUUCAAUUGUUAGAAUACCAAGUGGUCACAAACAACCAUGAUCUUAGGAACCAUUUUUGUGGGUAUCCUCAUUGCAAUAAUUGGAUGCAGCGAUGGCGCAUCAACUUGUAACAAGCGAAGUUUUGGGCAAACGAGCUUUGUGUGCGUCUGUUCAUCAGAAAGUUGUGAUACGAUAGAACCAGUACGAGCUAAAGCAAACGGCACAUAUCAAAUUUACUCAUCUGAUAAAGAUACAGACAGAUUUGCUCUUGGACAAGGCUCAGUUUCACCUGGUAUCAAACUUAAUGAUGAAAAAGUUACUAUUUAUGGAAAAACUCCAACAACAAUAACAAUCAAUAGAGAUGUAAAACAACAAGAAAUCUUAGGUUUUGGUGGAGCAUUCACAGAUGCAACAGGAAUAAAUAUUCGUCAGUUAUCUGAAGAUGUCCAAACGAAAUUACUCGACUCAUAUUUUGGCAAAGACGGUCUUCAAUACAACGUCGGACGUGUACCAAUGGGUGGUACGGAUUUUUCAACAAAAGGAUACACUUAUGACGAUACCAUUGAUAACAAAGCAGAUCCACAACUUGAACAGUUUAAUCUGCAACCGGAAGAUCACGAAUAUAAAAUACCGUUUAUCAAGAAAGCAAAGCAAAUUAAUCCGGACUUAGAAUUGCUGGCAUCAACAUGGACGGCACCAAGAUGGAUGAAAACAAAUAACGCGAUGAAUGGUGGUGCUAUCAAAGAUGAGUAUUAUCAAGUUUGGGCUGACUACUUCAUUAAAUUUUUUGAAAACUAUGAAAAGGAAGGCAUUUCGUUUUGGGGUGUUUCUACAGGAAAUGAGCCUAGUCUAGCAUUUUUUAACGCUAAUAUUAAUAGUGUCGGAUGGAUGCCUGAAGCAAUGAGAAAAUGGGUUGGUGAAAACUUGGGACCUACUAUCCGUAGCUCCAAAUUCAAAAACCUCAAAAUUUUAACUCUUGAUGAUCAACGAUUCAUGCUGCCUUGGAAUCCUCAGGAAGUUAUGCAAAAUGGCACAGAAAAAUACAUCGACGGAAUAGCAGUUCACUGGUACUUCGAUUUCCUUACUCCAGCUUCCUUACUUGCUCUUACUCAUGAACGUUUCCCCGAUAAAAUUCUUAUGGCCACCGAAGCUUGUCGUGGAGAUAAACCAUGGGAAGCCCCUGUUGUUUUAGGUGAUUGGUCCAGGGCUGAAGACUACGCUCAUGGGAUAAUCGAAGAUAUGAAUAAUUACGUGCAAGGAUGGAUUGACUGGAAUAUGGUAUUAGAUCCCACCGGCGGACCCACCUAUAUUAAUAAUCAAGUUGAUGCCCCAAUUAUAGUUGAUGCUACAAGCAAUGAAUUUCAUAAACAACCAAUGUACUAUGCGCUAGGACACUUUUCCAAAUUCAUUCCACGUGGUUCACACAAGAUUUAUCAAGAAAUUUCAAGUAGGAGUAUAGAAGUCGCCGCUUUUGAACGACAAGAUGGCGGAGUAGUGGUGGUAGUGAUGAAUAGACAAACCACUCCACAAGAUAUAAUAAUUAACGACGCAAACAGUGGUCACAUUGAAUUUAACUUACCUCCAAGGUCAAUUCACACUGUUUUGUAUUGGUAAUCCAUGUUUGUAAUUGAAAAUUAGAAUAAAAUAGAAAGCAUUUGAUGAGCAAA